AUGAAGUUUUAUACUCCAGUAGAUAUUCCAACACAAAGGUUAUUGUUACAACAAGUAUAUCAAUUGAUCAGACCCAGGACGUAUCAAGAAUGUUCUUUCAUCACACCACCUUCAUUAUUGGCUGACUUGGAAGAGAUCCAGGUAAUUUACCGUCAUUAUGCCACAUUAUAUUUUGUAUUUAUCGUUGACGACCAAGAGAGUGAAUUAGGGAUCUUGGAUUUGAUCCAGGUAUUUGUAGAAUGUUUGGAUAAAUGUUUCACCAAUGUAUCUGAAUUGGACUUGGUUUUUGGAUGGCAAGUCUUGCAAACGGUAUUGGAAGAAAUAGUCCAAGGAGGAAUGGUCAUUGAUACGAAUAUAAAUAGAAUAGUUGCUGCUGUGGACGAUGCCAAUAGUCAGAAAGAUCAGGUUGGGUUUUUCGAUAGGUUGAGGAGGUAG